UAAAGGGGGAGAAGAAUCUGCCAUGUUCAUAGGCCACCUCCCCUUCUGGCGAUGAGCGAUGGAAUGCAACAAGGAGGAGGCUCUCCGGGCGAUGGAGAUCGCCGAGCGGAAGCUGUCGGAGUCCGACGUCGACGGCGCCCGCAAGUUCGCCGGCAAGGCCCGGAGCCUCUACCCCGCCCUCGCCGGCCUCCCCCAGCUGGCGGCCACCCUCGACGUCCACGCCGCCGCGCGGCGGGCGAUCGACGGCGAGCCGGACUGGUACGGGGUCCUCGGCCUCGAUCCCUCCGCCGACGACGAGGCGAUCCGGCGGAGCUACCGGCGGCUCGCGCUCCUCCUCCAUCCCGACAAGAACAGGGCCGCCGGCGCCGACGGGGCGUUCAAGAUUCUCUCCGAGGCCUGGAGCGUGCUGUCCGACAAGGCGAAGCGGUUCGCGUAUGACCUGAAGCGCAAUUCGAUGGCCCGCAGCAACGGGAAGUCCGCGGCGGCGGCGGCGGCGGCGGCGGGCCGGCAGAAUGGAUUCCACGGUUUUCCAGGUACGCAUCGGGAUUACAAUGCGAGGGAUUGGAGGAGGGCUUCGGCUUGUCCUUAUCAGAAUGCGAAUGGAGGUGGGGAUUGGAGGGGCGGUGCUGCUGCUCAUGGGGUUCACACUUCGGCUUAUGCCCCUCGGGAUUACAAUGCCCGGGACUGGCGGGGUGCUGCCGAUGCUAAUUAUGCUCCGGCCACUCCUCGGACGACAUUCUGGACGCAGUGCGGUGCUUGCCAAAUGAAGUAUGAAUACCUGAUCCGCUACCUCAAUCAGCAAAUUCUCUGCCCCAGUCCUGGCUGCCGUAAACCCUUUGUGGCCAUCGAGAUUCCACCUCCACCGGUAGAUGGACAUAGGUUACCUGAUUCACAGGCUUUUUUUGAAGCACAACAGUAUCCUUAUAGAAUGAGAAAUCAUGGGUAUGCAUCGGUGAGGGGGCCAACUUCUGCCCCAAAUGCGGGUUCAACAAGCUUCUCUGGUACGCACUUGCCGCCAAAGUUUGGUUCUUCCUUUGGCACAUUACCCAAAUUCGUCAGUGAUAGAGGUGCCCCUGCACCUGCAUCAUAUGCUCCUCAAGCUUCAGGUGUGUUUGAACCUCUGAUUCGGCACCGGAAGAGAGGCCGUAGGGAGGGAGCAGCUGCAGUUCAAGAGGAGUAUGGCGAGAGGAUUCAAAUGUCUAAGAAGGCUCGAAGUGGUUCAGUGAGAAUGUCGGCUGAUGUUAGUACCCCAGGAACUGAUUGGAUGGAAAAAAGGAAAGUUGAUGAGAGUGGCAUAAAUAAGAAAGUCUCGGAGGGUGCAAGUCAAGCAGCAUUUGCAAAUAGUAGAGGAGUUGUAACAGGAAGUACGUCUGGACUUCAAAACGGACCCCUGGAUCGGGUGAGGGGAAAUUUCAGUUUAAUUAAUCGGUUCGACGGCUUGAGGGAUCUUUCUCCACUAGAAUUGCGAAAUAUGCUGAUACAUAAAGCAAAAAAAGAAAUUCGUAUGAAGCUUGAUGAGUGGAGAGUUGAGAAAGAACUUUCAGAUGGACGAAAGUCAUUGCAAGGGGAGGUCAAGGAGAAGUAUGGGAAAGUGCAGAAGGCUCCUGCAAGUGGUGCUAAGACCAGUCCUGUUAAGCAUAGGGAGCAUGUGGAUGGUAAGGACAGAGUUCGGUUGGAAAAGGCUUCCCAUUCUAUUUCCAAUGUCGAAUCUGAAGUAGAGAACUUUGUCCCUAUGCAAAUGCUUGUUACAGACCCAGAUUUUUAUAAUUUUGACAAGGAUCGGACAGAGGAUUCAUUUGGCAAUAAUCAAGUCUGGGCUGCUUAUGAUGAUGAUGAUGGGAUGCCCCGUUACUAUGCUCUGAUCCACACUGUCAUAUCAUUGAAACCAUUCAAGAUGCGCAUAAGUUGGCUUGGUUCCAAAAGUAACCAAGAACUUGGCCCUAUGUGUUGGGUUGGAUCUGGCUUCCCAAAGACCUGUGGGCAUUUGCGAAUAGGGAAAUCUGUUGUUGAUGACUCCCUUAAUGCUUUCUCGCAUAAGAUGAAGUGGACGAAAGGUGCAAGGGGCUUAAUUCAGAUUUAUCCCCUGAAGGGAGAUGUUUGGGCUCUAUAUAGGAAUUGGUCUCCUGAUUGGAAUGAGUCAACUCCAGAUGAAAUAAUACACAGCUAUGAUAUGGUUGAAGUGACUGAAGAUUAUAGAGAUGAGCUUGGUGUUACUGUUGCUCCACUCAUCAAAGUUUGUGGCUUCAAGACUGUGUUUCAGAAGCAUCCAGAUCCUAGGAAAUUAUGGACGAUUCCAAGGGAGGAAAUGUUCCGAUUCUCUCAUCAGGUCCCUGCUCACUUGCUUACAGGUCAAGAAGGUGUAAAUGCUCCUAAAGGAUGUUGGGAGCUUGAUCCUGCGUCCACACCUUUGGAACUUCUUCAAGUGGUAACAACUGAUAGCAGAGGAAUGGAUGCCGAAGUGGAUGCUAUGGCCAAUGUUACGGUGAAGGGAAUGAAAGCCAAGGAAGAAGUGAUGCUGGUGUACAAGCGUAGACUAAAAGGGAAGCGGUCAUGACACAUUUAGUAUAUUUUUGCAUGCUUUUGGGCCAUAUCAGCUGCUUAGAUUGGAUAGAUCGAUGUGUAGUUUUGGAAUCGAGGAAAUGGAGGAGGAGAAGGGACAGCACUGAGACCACAACAAUGUGAACUAAUCACCUAAGGAGUGCAGUGCUUCUACUAUCUCAUGCAGCAUUGUUCAGAUAGCCAUCUGAUAUUGGUAGUUAGUAGUUAUUCUGCAAAUUCAGCUUGUAAUUAUUGUUUGAUGGAAAUUCACGAUUUUGUUCAAGGUCAGAGAUCUUCAGAAGAAAAAAUUUCAGCUUUAUAGUAACUUUGAGGAUAGUUUGAUUUCUUUACUAGGAUUAGCUAAUUAGUUGCUUUUCUUGUGAAGAUAUCUGAUAUCCGUCAUUAAUGCUUUCUUAGAGGAACAGGGAUAACAAAGGUGGCCAACUCUGUAUAAUCUGGCUUCACCUUUACUUUUAACUUUUUUUGUAUUCAUGUUGCUGAACUAAGGUUCCGAUGUAUAGAUAUUCAUUUUAUAUAUGACCUUUUCCCUACCUGCUCCUAGCAGCUUA